CUUCAACUGUAUAUGAUUCCUUACUUUGUGUGCGUGUAGCGGUGAAGCCCCAGUCAGAUGGAGAGGUGACAGAGCAGCUGUACUCUGAGAUGAAGCCUGGUGUGGAUGGAGCCAACUACAUCGUCAAACACAUGCAUGACAAGAAUGACUACAAUGAGAGUCUGUCCGGUGCCAAGCAGCCAUGAACCUCCGUCUAUUGGGACCUGGAGCCCUGGUUCUGUUCGCGGUCCUUGUAACCGAGUGCUUGGCCAGGAAUGAGGAAGAGCGGUUGAUUCAACACCUGUUUAAGGAGAAGGCUUACAACAAGGACCUCCGGCCUGUAGAAAAACAGGGCGACGCUGUCGUUGUCUACAUCGCCCUCACACUCUCUAACCUCAUCUCUCUGAAAGAGGUAACUGAGACUCUGCUGACCAAUGUGUGGAUGGAACAUGGCUGGUAUGACACCAGGCUGUCUUGGAACACCACUGAGUUUGAUGACAUCGAUAUCCUGCGUCUCCCGCCCAGCAUGGUGUGGCUGCCGGAGAUCGUCUUAGAGAACAAUAACGAUGCCCAGUUCCAGGUGGCGUACUACUGUAACGUGUUGAUCAAUCCUGAUGGCUAUGUGUACUGGCUGCCUCCAGCCAUCUUCAGAUCCUCCUGUGCCAUCAACGUCAACUACUUCCCCUUCGACUGGCAGAACUGCAGCCUCAAGUUCACCUCCCUGACCUACAAUGCUAAGGAGAUCACCAUGCUGCUGAAAGAGGAGCCGGAAGAUGACAAGUCCUACAAGGUGGAGUGGAUUAUCAUAGACCCUGCAGGGUUCACAGAGAAUGGAGAGUGGGAGAUCAUCCAUAAACCGGCCCGUAGGAACACCUAUAAGAAUAUCCCCAUGGAGAGCAACAAGCACCAGGACAUCACCUUCUAUCUCAUCAUCAAACGCAAACCUCUGUUCUAUAUCGUCAACAUCAUCAUUCCCUGUGUCCUCAUCUCCUUCAUGGCUACACUGGUCUACUACUUACCAGCUGACAGUGGGGAGAAGAUGACUCUGUCCAUCUCGGUGCUGCUGGCUCAGUCUGUGUUCCUGCUGCUGAUCUCACAGAGACUGCCGGAGACCUCCAUGGCUAUACCACUUAUUGUCAAGUAUCUGAUGUUCAUCAUGGUUCUGGUUACGGUGGUGGUGUUGCACUGUGUGGUGGUCCUCAACCUGCACUUCAGGAGCCCCAGUACACAUAUCAUGACAGAGUGGACUAGAAAGUUCUUCCUGGAGAGGUUGCCCCGCCUGCUGCGAAUGUCCCGCCCUGCAGAGUCAGAGUCUAGCUGGGAGGGGGUGUUGCCAAGGCGAUCUAGCUCCAUUGGUUACAUCGCUAAGGCGGAGGAGUACUACAGCGUGAAGUCACGCAGCGAGCUGAUGUUUGAGAAACAGUCUGAGAGACAUGGGCUGGCCACACGGACUACACCUGCUGCAGCGGUGAAGCCCCAGUCAGAUGGAGAGGUGACAGAGCAGCUGUACUCUGAGAUGAAGCCUGGUGUGGAUGGAGCCAACUACAUCGUCAAACACAUGCAUGACAAGAAUGACUACAAUGAGGAGAAGGAUAACUGGAGUGGAAUAGCUCGUACGGUGGACCGUCUGUGUCUGUUCCUGGUCACCCCAGUCAUGACAGCAGGCACCAUCAUCAUCUUCCUCAUGGGUAUCUACAACCACCCUCCGCCCCUGCCCUUCGAGGGAGACCCCUACACCUACCUGGAGGAGAACAAACGCUACAUCUGAUACACACCAACGCUUACACACAAUCACACACAUGUGAAGCGCGGUUCCGCUGUUUGUUCAUCUGCACCCACCCACAAUUGCUAAUAACCCAUCCGUAAUCGCCCGACUAUAUGUGAUAAAGUGAACAUCUGAGGCCUGCACCCGACCCCUAACCCUCUAAUAUAGAACAUGCGCUGUAGGCCUACAGUCAGAUGGCAGAACAAUUUUUUUGACAGGCCUUUCCUUAGAUAGGCCUAUGUUUCUGCUUAUCAUUUCUGACAUUUUGGUAGGUUAUUUGUUAGUCAACUUGUUUACCAUUAGAUAGGCCUGCAUGCAGCUUCUCUACUGUCAUUACUAGUUGCCCUAGAAUACUAAAUUAACCCUUUACCAGAAUGAUGUCAUAAAUCCAUAGAAUGAAUGCCUCAGUCUAGUUGACAUCGGUAAUGUUUGUUUUCUCUUUCAUCUCUGCUUCUCUCGCAGCAAAGACAUGUAGGGCCUGGGGAGAAACAAAAAAACUAACUGUUUGACAGGUUUUUAGGAAAUUAAAAGCUGUUAAAUAGA